CUCUCCUUACCCCUCAGCCUCCUCCACUGGGCUUCUGCUGGGUGAUCUCUUUCAGGUCUUCCUUUGACCAGUUCUCUCUUCAGCUGUGGCUUAGCCACCACCUAAACCAUUCAGUACUUAGUUUCACUGUCUGUUUUCCAAUUCUCCAAGUUAUCUUUGUUUCUCAGAUCAGCAGGUCUGUUUUGAGUGGCCCCUUCUGCUUUUGAUCCCUUCUUUCGCAUUUUUAGUUUUAAGCAUCCUUGACUUACAGUCUCCAUCACACUCACCUAGGACCUGAAGCUCACGGGCAUCCUGCUGUAUCCUGACUCCUUUUCAUGAUCUGUUCUCGUGUUUUGGGAUCUGGGAUGGCGGACUCAUGGCCAGCUCGGGCCUCUAUCUGUGAGACUCCCGCAUGGUCUGCUUUGCAGGACCUGCCCGUCACCAUGGCCACAGGACGAGUCCUGCUAGGCUCUCUGCUGCUCCUGACCCUGCACUUGGACCUCCGCGGGGGCCCUGGGGCCUGGGGGGCUUCGGUGGCAGAGGAGGAGCUCUUGUCUGAGCCAGUGGUGGACAGAGGGACCUGGAGGCCGCAGCUGGGUAAGGACCCCCAGAACCCCGUGCGCUCCCCGACUCCUUCCUGCCCAGACCCUGCCCGCUGUCAGCUGCCCCCUGUCCCCGCAGGCACCCGCCCGCGCCGAGCCCUGGCCGGUCCGUGCCAGCUGUGGAGCCUACCCUUGCCCGUGGCCGAGCUGGGCUUGGGCUACACGUCGGAGGAGACGGUCAUCUUCCGCUACUGUGCCGGCAGCUGUCCCCGCGGCGCCCGCACCCAGCACGGCCUGACGCUGGCCCGGCUGCGGGGUCAGGGCCGAGCCCACGGUGGGCCCUGCUGCCGCCCCACCCGCUACGCCGAUGUGGCCUUCCUCGACGACCGCCACCGCUGGCAGCGGCUGCCCCAGCUCUCGGCGGCAGCCUGUGGCUGCGGCGGCUGAGAAUGCCCGGCCUGGGGCCCUGCAGCCGCUGGAGGAGCUCAGCUGACUUAUUUAUUGGAGGCUUGGAUGCUGAGGCGAAGAGAAGGGGAGGUGGUUUGGGCCGCCAGCAAGGGGCGCA